AGAGGAACAAGCUGCUUGAAGUAGAGAAGUGUGCGGUGCAAUGGGCAGCUUGGGAGAUGCAGCUGGGGCCACGGAACUCUUUGCUAGCCCUUCUGACCCUGUAAUAAUUGAACUCAACAGGUUGCAAAAUUGUAUUAUGGAGAAGGAAAGGGAGUUGGGACUAGCUAAAAAUGAAAUCAAGGCCUUGAAAGCAACUGAAAUCUUGAAGGAUAAAGCUGUUAUGAAGUUAAGUAAUGAACUGACGAAAAUGGACGAAAAACUCUGGACCACCGAGAAACAACUUGAACAGAAGAAUCUUGACAUAAAAAAACUAACCAAUGAAAAGAAAGAGGCACUGAUAGCACAGUUUGCUGCUGAAGCAAUUCUAAGAAGGGUCUACGCAACUCAAAAGGAUGAGGAAUUCAUUCCUGUUGAGGUUCUUCUAGCACCAUUUGAGUCAGAAAUCAAGGAAUACAGAAAUGAGAUUCUGAUGCUUCGAGAGGAUAUAAAAGCAUUGGAAAGAUUGACAAAAUCUAAAGAGGAAGCACUAGUGGAAACAGAAAGUCUUCUGCAUAGUGCACUUGAACAAACAAGGAAUGUAGAGGUGGUGCAGAACAAAAAUCAUGAAUUAAAAAGGCAAAUAGAGAUCUACCAGGAAGAGAACAAAAUUCUAGAGAAAACAUAUAGAAAGAAAGUUGUUGAGGUAGAAAAACUUAUGAAAACCAUUCGUGAACUUGAGGAAUCUAUUCUAGCUGGAGGUGUGACUGCCAAUGCAAUAAGGGACUAUCAGCGCAAGAUCACUGAGUUAAAUGAGGACAAAAGGGUGGUUGAGAGAGAGCUGGCUAGAGUUAAGGUUUCAGCAAGUAGGAUAGCAACAGCUGCAGCUAACGAGUGGAAAGAUGAUGGAGACAAAGUCAUACCUGUCAAGCAGUGGCUGGAAGAGAGGAGAGUUUUUCAGGGGGAGAUACAGAGGUUAAAGGAUAAGUUAACUUUAGCAGAGAGAACAGCAAAGACAGAGAACCAACUGAAGGAGAAACUAAGCUUGAGGUUGAAAACAUUAGAACAGGGCAUGAAGCAUUCAAGUCUUCACAGUGAGAGAAAGAAGAGUGGAUUGCCAUCACCCAAUGACCUAAAGAAGAGUCCUUACGCAUCCAACAAUGCAACUGUAUUGCAGAAGCCUAAUUCAAAUUCUGGAGAUGCUGAUAAUGCCAGAGGAACAGAGAACUUAAACUCAUAUGUUGUGAAAAAGAAUUUGCUAGCUUUGAGAAGCAGGUCAUAUAAUGACACUGGGAAGGAAAAUGCAGAAACAAAUGUUAGGCCCAAUGGACAUGCAGAUGAUGUUAUUACUGGAAGAACAGAGGUCAACCAUGAGGUUAAGGAAAAAAAGUAUGAAGACAUCAAAUCACAGAAUGAGAGCCUAGAAGAUGGCUACGAAGAUAUGGUGUCAGGCUUUCUUUAUGACAAACUGCAAAAGGAAGUUAUAAACCUGAGAGAAUCUCACAAGGACAAGGAUAGUGUAUUAAUCAUGAAAGAUGACGAAAUCAAGGUCUAUAUAAAACAGUUCAUUCUACUAGGGUUAACACAUAAGUGCUCUAGCUUAAUUAAAAUAAUUUCUUUCUUUCAGUUCCUCCUAAGGAAAGUUGAUGUGCUAGCAAAGGCUGCAGAAGUGGAAUCCAAGAAGAAAAGAAGAAAUGCUAGAGAAAAAGAAGUGAUGAUUAUCUUGGAGGAUAAAAAGUGAAACACUGGCAUCUGAAACAGGUUUGUGAAGUGACUGAAGCAUCAAAAGAAUUCAGAGCUUAGAAGUUGAGCAUACCAUCUAAUGGUAUGUUGUAUCUGGUGAUUCUAAUGUACAGUUUCAAAUAAUUAUCACAUAAUAGAAAAGAUUGUGGAGUUCCUACCCUUUAUUUUUAUUAUUUUUUCACUGUGCAUGUAACAUACAAUUGAGUUCCAGGAAUGUUGAACAUUGUAUUUGCAAUGGAGUAAUAGAAAGGAAAAUUGUGAAUCA